AUGAAUGGUCAUGUCAACAGUGCCGCAGGAGCAGCUGGUUGUGAUGAAGGGAGUAAAGAAGAGGAAGAGACAGGAGCUGAAGAUUCCUCAGGUUACAUGGAUUCUGCAACAUUAGCCAUGGGCGAUAAUUUGGAGCACGUGAGUGUUUUAGAUGAUGAUUCCGAACAGCCAGAUGGUCAGCGCAGCUCACUGAGUCUAGAUGAUGAUGGGGGCGCAUAUUUUGAACCCCAUUCUCAAGAUACUGUUAUUAGGCAGGCUAUACAUAUACAAGAUGGAAAUGUUAGUAGCUCCACAUCGCUGGAAGCUUCUAAUGACAAUGAUGUAGUAUUUAACCCAGUGCAGAGACUGCAUUUUGAUAACCAUUGCGACUAUGAAGAUUAUGAUGAUAAUGACAAUGAAGAUAGUUUAGAAGUUGUGACUGACACUGUAGAUAACAGUACUGUAGGAAACCGAGAAUACCUACCUCAUAGACGAGUUGUCAAUGGUUCAGACAUGACUGAACAUGGGGCGUAUGGUGGCAUGCCCAUAGCCCAAGACCAGGUUCAGAACGUACGGAUUAUUGAGGGCCAUGACUCAUCACUGCUGGACGACAGCAGUGGAACUUUUGGGUUUAAUUUUCUACAGCCUCAGAUGGUUCAUCUGCCUCUAAUGUCUCCAGUUAAUUUGAAUUCAGGAAAUAGCAGCAGAAUGGAUGACGAAGCCCAUAAUUUAUAUGAUAGUUUAGAAAGAGAGGAUGGGUCUAGUUUGUAUGAGGAAACUGAUGACCGCAUUAUGGAAAACAAUAGCUCUGAGUAUUUCAGUGCUGGCAGCAUGUCACUGGUUGUAGCAAACUCCCAAGUUCCUGACUGUGAUUCACUUUGGGCUCAGGAUGACAGUUCUGACCACGGGAACUACCUCCCCCAUUCACAGCAGCAUCUCAAUGGUGGGCAUGGUGGUGAGCAGAAUUUCUCAAGAAAUCAGAGCCCAUCUCGAAAUUUUCAGAUGGACAUCUCAGGCUUGUUUGCCCCUAAGAGAAGAGGUGAUGGAAUCAUUGGAGAAGGUGUCUUGGGUGGCUAUGGAGAUGUUCGAGAUGUAGAAAAUGAUAACACAGAUGCACUGACUCUUGAACUUAGUGAAGAAGGUUUGUCACAUACAACUCAAAUGUAUGCACAACCAGUAUCAGCCAGCAGUAUUACGACUGCACCAACCUCUUUUGGAAAUGGAACUCAGGCACAAAAUGACAGAAUCAACAGCCGAAUUCUGGCACAAAAUAGCAGCCAGUUCUGUUUGUUCAACAACAGGUCAGUACACCAUAUACCCUCUGAUUCACUUGCCAGAAACCAUGUAUUGAGUCAAGGUUUCCCUAAAAAUGAUUCUGAUGCUUCCAGUCAAGUAGAAGGGGAUGGAGUAGAUGUACACAUGGAUGAAAGACAAGCAGGAGCUGGUAGCUUCUUUGCCUCAGAUCAGAAGCCUGCUGUGGAUUCUAAUCCACCUGCAAGAAGACAAGGUGUCAGUAAAAUUCACACUCGUAGACCUGCUGUGCAAGGUUCAGCUUCAUCUGGUGAAAACAGAAAACCACUAACUGUAAACCCCCGCCAGGGUGCAGCUGCAAUCAGGAAAAAUGUACCACCUAUGAAAUCAGGAAGUCAUAGUGAUGCCAAUGGAAGAGGCAACACGGCAGUUGUUAGACGAAAUACUGGAAUAGAGCAGGUUAAAGGAAACAACAGUGGAUUGUCAUCUGGGAGUACUGUACAGUCCAGGAUACCACCAGGUCCAAUGUCUGGGUUCUCUAUAGCAUCUCGCUCUAACUCUCACACAUCACUUGCUUCAAAUGGCAGUAGCACUAAUAGCAGGGUUGGUGGAGUCGGCAAGGAAUCUUACAUGUCCACAAACACUCAGAUAACAACUCGAGGAGCUGCUCCAUUUGUUGCUAGAUCUGAACCAAAUCAUCCUAUGACCAUGGCUCAGAGAUUAACUGGUUGUGUGGGAGAUAGUGGUCACACACUUGCUCACAGUACACAUACUAGUGCUGCGAACCCUCAACAGAAUAAUCAGCUGCUGCCUCAUCUUCCCAAUUCAUCUGACAGAACACAUCCAGCUGUUAGUCCUCAAUUGGAGUCCCACAAACCCCAAACAUUCAUCAAGCAGCAAUCUUUGGGAGCACAUGUUCAGAAUCCACCAAAUAUUGCUGAUCCUGUUCAUGACUUACAAAACUGCAGGUCUGGAGAACCACAUUUGACUCAGGGUUUUAAUGAAACUCGGUUAACACGCUGGGUUCCAGACAGGAGAAACUUGGUAUUUUCUAAAGCACAAGAAUUACAAGUUUUAAAUUUGAAUUCUCAGCGUCCACACCUGGACAACGAUAUUCAAGGUAUAGAGGAAGUAAGGAGCCAUCUUCACACUAUGUUACAUUUGGGAGCUGAGUCCUGCUU